AUGGAACCUUCUUCAACAACUCAUCUUCCCAAUGAUGUACUACUAAUUAUUUUCAGCCAUUUCUGUCUCCAUUGUCAAGACUACUAUAACGAGUCCUGGGAUGAGCGACCAUUACGCGCUACUAAACCUUAUCGGGAAAGGCAGCAGCCUGAUGCGAAAUCAUGGUAUUCAAUCGACAGGGAUACACUUUUCGCAGUUUGCUUAGCUUCAAGACGCUUCAGAGAUAUCGCUCAGCCGAUCUUGUACCACGAAUUUGCCUUGGGUUACGACGAUUCUUGGAAGUCUGACCUUUAUAACUGGGGAGGUCGGCUUACCUCAUUUAUGCGAACCUUAGCCUGUCGUCCUGACCUCAGCCGUCAAGUCAAAGUCGUAUACAUCAAUACCCUCGUUUUCAACGAUAAUGAGGAGGGAGAUCGAGCUGCCCUUCUGGAAGCGGCUCGGGGUCUCAAAAUCGACCUUCCGGCUGUUUGGAAACGGAGAGCGUCAAACAUACCAGCAAGUGAAGCUCGGGAUUGGCCCGAGGUCUAUCCCAUCUUUCUAAGCUCAUAUCUCGACGACAGUCAAGAUUUGACAGAACAACAGAAGCGGCGUCUACGACGGGCAAUGGAUGAAGCCUCUCCACCUGCUUGGCGUUGGCUAAAUUCCGAACUAAUCGCGAUGCUAAUUGCCCAAACACAUUGCGUGCAAUACGUUAGCCUUCAAGGCAAUCACACAUGGCCAACAUGUGGGCUUCCUGAGUCUUCUCUCCGGUCUUUGGGAGUCACCAAUCUCCCAUUGACAACUCUCGAUCUUGGAAUCGGUGCCAACUCUCUCAUCGAACUUGCUCCAACUCUCCAAACUCUAAACCUCCAUCAAUAUUCAGGAGACUUUAGAUCAUGGGGUACAGAGCUGCCGUGUCUUAAAACAUUAAGAAUCACGGAUACUUUGUUCUCUACUAACCGUCUUCGCGGACUUCUAAACGCCUGCACGGGAGGUUUGACUGCCUUUGAGUUUGAAGCAUACGAGGAUGAACCCGUCCGUUGUAUUUAUGAUGGCAACCCCCCUACUCCUCCCGACAACCACUUCCAACCAUCCGAAGUCAUUGAAAUCCUACAGAGACACAAGGGCACUCUGCGGGUACUGCACCUCGAUCUCACAAACCGCCAAUAUCGCAUGGGGAAGAUUCCCUCGGACGUCAACCUCAAGAACUUCACUACUCUUCAACACGUUUUUAUCAACGCUAUACCACUUUUCGGCUGGGUUUCGCAAAGAGAGCAGAACACUGAUACUGAAGUGCUGACCAGACUUCUCCCCCACACGAUUGUUUCCCUAGUGGUUUACAGAGAAUCUAUGGAUACACAACGCCUAAUUAAGGGGGCGCUGUUUGCCUUGGCAGAUCGAAAAUCCCAAAGCCAAGACCACUUCCCUUUUCUCAGCCACGUAGCCUGCAACUUGAAAAAAGGUUCAACCACGGUAUCUAGUCUCUCGUCUCUUUUUAAGCCAGCGGGGGUCAAGUUCUGUACCACGGUCAAGUCUUUAAGCAAGGUCAAGACAUAUUUGAAUGGUCCAAACGGCGACUCAACACUACCACUACCGAUUUGGGACUCGGAUGAUGAUCUGUGA